CUCAGCCAGCAUGUCAUCAUGGCGGCGGAGGAAAUGGUCCUUCCUGGUUCUUACUCUUCUGCUUUUCUCGAUCGUAAUGGUGAUGAUCAGUCUCCUGCAGCCGGAGCGGGCGAACCGGCUGCAGAGGCGUGAGGCCUGCGGCUGCGGCGUGCGCUCCGACUCUGAGACCUUCACCCGGGUGCCCGGCUCCAGGACGCUGCUUAUCAACGCGUUCCGCGAGCACCGCACGCCCGCGGCGAGCGUCCGCCUGCUGGCCAUCGUGCCCGGCGAGGAGCGCUCCCUGCGGAGCCGCUGCGUGUUCUGUUGCCAAGGGGACGGCGAGAUGGCGACGGCCACGGCCCAGCGCACCACCCACCGAUCCAACUACUUCUUCCCAUACGGGACGGGAGACUUCCUGUGCCUGAUCCCCCCCGGCUGCGAGCCCAGGUUCGUUGGGCUGUUGUCCGGAGACAGCGUGGACUUCACCAACUUCACCCUGCUGCCCGUCCUGAACCGGGCCCCCGUGGAGCGGCCCCGGCUCCCGCUCCGCUUCACUCUGUGCAUCGCCAACAUGUUCAACAGCUACGGCAACGUGCUGCAGUUUGUCCAGGCGAUGGAGCUCUACCGACUGCUAGGGAUCCAAAGAGUCAUCGUCUACAAGACCAGCUGCUCCGCUACCAUGGAUACGGUGCUUGAUUACUACUCCCGCAAGACGGGCUUCCUGCAGGUGCGGCCCUGGCCAAUCGACGCCUUCCUGAAGCCUUCCUCCAGCUGGACGCCGUCGCUGGGGCCGGGUCAGAUCCACUACUACGGCCAGAUCCCCUCCAGCAAUGACUGUCUGUACAGGAGCAUGUACCAGUCCCGCUACGUCCUCAUGCACGACGCCGACGAGGUCAUACUGCCCGCAGGCAAUGUGUCUUUCCAAACGCUGAUCAGUGACCUGGAAAAAGCCCACGGAGAGAAGGUCAACUUCUACUUCCCCAACAACGUUUUCCCUUACGAAGAAAAGGAGGAGAACAGCAGGUUUGACUUUCCAGAGUGGAGGAACGUUCCUGGCUCCAACUUCCUGGGUCAUGUUCUGAGGGAGCUAGACACGUCGGGCUACAACACGGGGAAGCUUGUGCUGGACCCCCGCGGCGUCCUACAGAUGGAGGUUCACAGCGUCCACGAACACAUCGACGGAGGACGCACCGAGCGGGUCGGCCGAGAGCGCGGCCAGCUGUUCCAUGUCCGGCGCAGGAAGAACAACCAGCAGGGGGCGCUGGUCCGGGACGAGGGACUGCUGAAGGUGGCCGGGGCCCUGGUGGAGCGGGUCAACCACGCCCUGAGCACCAUGGGUCUCCUCAACACCACCGCUGGCCCCGCUCCAACCUCAGCCCAUCCUAGUCCUGCCAUGGCAGGACUACGUUGACGUUAGCUACACGUUAGCUAAUACAACGUUAACGUUAGCUAACGCCAAUUUUUACAAAUGAGCAUGGCUUUGUUACCAUCAGCAGAAGAAGGAUUACGACAAAGUAUUGCAAAGAAGUUUUUAAUUCACUGACUUAUUUUAUGAAAAUGAGUAUCUCUUGAGACGCUUUGCCAUCAGGCCCGGAACCUCCACCAGACAACUGCCCUUUGACCUCGGUGCUCAACCCACACACUUACCUGGUAUGACAACAAGACAGGAAGUAAUUAAGACAGCAAAAAAGAUUAUCAAUCAGAUUAUUUUCAAUGCAAAUUCCGGCCUCUUCCAGGACAUUUGAUCAAUUUAUCCAUGUUUUCCAUGUUUGGAAAGCAAGCUUUUAAAAUCCAGGUUUUCCAGGACGCGUUGGAAUCCUGCGGGGGUCGCGGUGUUUGAAUGUGUGAAUGAAUGUGUGAAUGUUUUAUGUGGUUCAGAAAAGCACUGUUUAUUUAUCAUAAUGAAUAUAAUUCAUGCUUAUCGACGUAAAACGACGAUCUCUCUCUUACCCCCAAGUUCCUCCAUUUGUAAAUUAUUCCACAUCCUAAAAAAAUUGCCUGGUUUGAAGCACUUCCAACGACCAUGUGGUGAACUCUCACCAGUGGCCACUUGAGGGUGUGCUAACAACGAUUUCACCAUUGCAAACGUCCCCAUAUUUUACUUUUCAUAUCAGCUGGGAACAUGGUCCGUGUGGAAUUUAUUGCGCUGUUGCACAUUGGCUGUUUCGGGCACAAACUCAAUUAUUUGGUAAAAAAUUGUAAGUUGUUUUUAAUACACUGGACAUGUAUACAUGGUUAAUCAUAUAUAGGAUUUAAUAACCUGUUCAUGGAUCUCGAGCUAUCCCUGGAUGCUGCUCUGAUCAGCUCAGAUUAUGUCCUGUCCAUUCAUUACAUGCCUUGUUACAGUACUUGAUUUCUGUACAGAUACAGAUAAUAUAUAAUAUAAGUCAGGCUGUUGGUCAUGUUUAAUAAUAGAAGUAAAUUCAUGUAACUGCUUUGGGGUCAAUUCUUAAUGUAAACAUUCAUAUUUUUAAUAAUGCACCAGGUUAGAGGGUUCCUUGUACUAUGUACAGCAUUAG